GGAUAACCAAAUGCAAAGUUAGAUCAUCUCAAUAUUUUUACGUCAAAUUAGUAGCACAUUGUGACAAAAUGGAGCGAUCCACCUAGACAGGAUAGCGAUUUUUUGUAGAAGUCUUGUAUUUGAGUAAAAAAUCCUUUUCUCCAUGACACUUUCUUUUUCCUUAUUAACCAACAUGGAUUGGUCAUUCAAGUUCAUGAUUUGCCUCCCUUCCCUUGACUGCAUGUUACGAUCAUUGAUUGUGUUGUGUGGAUUGCGGAAUCAAGUGAUAACCCAUUGCGUUUUCCUUGACCUGGUCUAGUAAGGAACCCGUCUCCGCCAGUGAAACGGAUUCAACCCUCUAUAUAAUGUGCUGAACAGAGCACAGUCCAGUUAGAUUCAUACACUAACCCGAGAAACAAUGGCGUCGUCAACUUGGAAUGACAGCAUGGGAACCUGUAGCAGUAGCAGUAGCAUCAGCGACUACAUCCCCUCUGUCAACGCCAUGCUCCGCUUCUCCACCUUCUUCAUGGUCUUCGGCAACAUCAUCCCCAGCGCGAUUCGCGAAGCCAUUGGCGACUGGCUCCACGGUCUCUUCUUGCGCAUCUUCUUCGACUCCGAGUUCACCUUCAACAUCGAGGACACGUGGCAGCACUUCCACAACGAGACAUACCGCGCCGUUGGCGUCUACCUCCCGACCAGAAUUGGGACGUCGACGGCCAGCCUCGUCAUCGGUCACAACGACCACAACGACAUCAUGGCCCCCGUCCAGCCGGCCAUCGCGGUGGGCUCCACAAUCGUCGACCACUUCCAAGGUCAUCGCUUCGAGUGGGUUCUCUGCGAGAAGAACGAAAACCCCGGCAGCUUUAACAACAGGAAGAAGAGGUGGUACAAGCUCAAGUGCAGGAAGAAGAACAGAGAGUUCGUCACCGAAACGUACAUCCCGCACGUGUGCCGCGCCGCCGACGAGAUCAUCAAGGAGCGCGACGGCCUCAGCAUCUUCACUUACAACAAGGACGACGCGUAUUGGGACGCCACCGUCUUCAAGCACCCCUCCACUUUCGAGACUCUGGCUAUGGACCCUGCACAGAAGCAGGAGAUUAUUAGCGACCUCGAUCUUUUCGUUCAGCGCAAGGACUUUUUCAGGAGCGUUGGGAGGGCCUGGAAGCGUGGGUAUCUUCUCUAUGGACCCCCUGGGACUGGGAAAUCGAGCCUUGUCGCCGCCAUUGCAAAUCAUCUCAAGUUUAAUGUGUAUGAUCUUCAGCUUCAGAGCGUGAAAUCCGACUCGGAUCUUCGAACCGUGCUUACCGCUACCACGAAUCGAUCGAUUUUGCUGCUUGAAGAUGUCGACUGCAGCAGCAGGAGCACAGAAACUAGGCUUUCCAAGGAGGAAGAGGAUAAGCACAAGGAUAAGCAUAAGCAGCGUGACGAGAAAAAGAGCUCAAUUAAUCCCGGGGUGACGCUAUCUGGGUUGCUGAAUUUUAUCGACGGGUUGUGGUCGACGUGCGGAGACGAGAGGAUUAUAAUCUUGACGACGAACCACAAGGAGAAGCUGGAUCCUGCCCUGUUGCGGCCGGGGAGGAUGGAUGUUCAUAUCCACAUGGGUUACUGCUCGUUUGCAGGCUUCUUAUUGCUGGCCGACAAGUAUCUCGGUGUUAAAGAGCAUUCGUUGUUCAAGGUUAUUGAAGCUUGGAUGCAGAAGGUUGCUGUCACGCCAGCUGAAGUUGCUCAACAGCUGAUGAAGACAAACGACGCUCAAGUUGCGCUGGAUGGACUCGUAGAAUUUUGCAAGAAUAAGGAGAAGGAGAUGGCAGAGGCGGCAGCUGCAGCGGCAAAAGCCCCGGUAGUGACGGCGGAGCUGCAAGCGGAGGAGGUCAGCAAGAAAAGUGAGGCUACAGCCACAGAGAAAGAUAUUAGUAGCCAAUCUGAAUCUCAAUCUGGCGACUCAUCAUCUUCUUCUGAUGAUGAUGAAGAAGAUUAAAAUAGUUUAUUGCUCGUAGUAAAAGUACUAGUACUUAUAAAGUAAUUUAGCUCUAUCUGUCUUACUGCUUGUUUAAAGUUAGGUUUCAAUUAUGCAUUUUUUGAAAUUGAUAAUGGAUUAUACUUGUUUCUUCUGGUAUCGGUUAGCAUGCUAAUCCCCUUAGGGUUGGAAAAAUGACACCCCUAGUAUAUUAAAUACAACUAUAGAAUUUAAUACACACAUUAAAAUUAA